GCAUCCCCUGUUUCUUCACGGAUUUAUUUGAAAGUAGCUCCCCUAGUCAGGAACUUCCGCUUUGUUGAGGUCACUGUAUGCGUACUCCCCCACCCCUGUCUACUAUUUUAUAAACAGACAGCAAAAUGGUGAAGAAAAAGCGUGUUCGUCUCAUCGCCGAAAUGGCACGAAAGAUACGUGCUUACCGUGAACUCAAGAAUCGACCAACUGAGUCUCAGCGGUAUGCCCUUGACUAUGAGACGAUGACUCGUCCAUUCACCGGGAAAACCCUGCCUGUCCUCGCGUGGGAAGACGUGCGGCGUGAAAGUCGGCUAUUUACUCUACUGGCCAGUAUGCGGAUGUUCGGAGUGGGGAGGCUUUUCACGCGAAAAUCAUGGCUUGAGGAGCACACUGAGCCAUGUUAUUGGAAGAUCACGAAAGUUAAAGUGGAUUACACAGCAGAGAAUAUGGAUCAUGGAAAAGCCUGGGGAGUCCUGACAUACAAAGGCAAACAAGAGGAUAAGGAGCGUGAGGUCGAGAGCGUCAUGUAUCAUGACUGGCGGUUACUACCCAAACACGAGGAGACUGAAUUCACACGGUUCGAACCUGUCCCAGAACCCCCUAUACGUUUUGUCAUCUACCCUCCCCUCCUACGUGCCAUGAUCCUGGCCCAGCGCACUAAAGAGGGGCUCUCAACCACAGAGGAACCCCUGCUACCCCUAAGACGAGACGUACUGCUAAGCAAAGAGUACUUCCGAAACCAGGACCUUGAGCAACAAAGACAGAGACAGGCAGGGGAAGGGACGCCAGUGUGAGACAUGAGCUCAGCAAGCAAACGGUCGCAGAGAGAUGAGAACGGUAGAUGUAAGACCAAGCGCUCUUCAAAUUAAUGUACACAAUUGAAGCUACUCACUAUUAAAAAACCCCUGAAAUAAUCAUAGCAUGCAGUGGGUUUGUCUUGGUUAAAGUUGUCAUUGUCAUUCUGAGUCACCUUUCUGUUUUGUGUUGUUUUGAAGAUUGUAAAUAAAUGCAUGUUUUUGUCCCAGAA